ACUUCACACGGUUGUGGGUGAAUCUUCCUUGAGUUGUGCCACUGCCAGCCAGCCAGCAUCGGGUCUCCGUCCCACCCGAUUUCACCUGACCUCCGCUCUGUCCUUUUCCCUUCCCACUCUCAUUUUUUCACUCUUCCACACCAAGCAGCUCUGAGCUCCCAGCCAUCAGCACACUUGCCCAAUCCUUCCCUUUUCAUCAACAGCUUCUCUUUUUUUCUUCCCAUCCCCUCUCCUCUCCAUCAGUCGAAAUGGCCGCCACCCGUGUCCUCGCCUCCCGCCUGGCCUCGUCCAUGGCCACCAAGGCCGCUCCCGCCAUGCGUGUGCAGGUCGCCAACGCUUCCAAGCGCACCAUCACUGGCAUGGCCAAGCCCAGCCCCAUCCAGACCCUGAAGCGCUCUAGCAUCAUCAACACCACCACCCGCUCCGCCUUCAAGCAGCAGGCUCGCCCCUACAGCUCCGAGAUGGCCAACGCCCUCGUUGAGGUCUCCAAGAACCUGGGUAUGGGUUCCGCCGCCAUUGGUCUGACUGGUGCUGGUAUCGGUAUCGGUCUCGUCUUCGCCGCUCUCCUGAACGGUGUUGCCCGCAACCCUGCCCUCCGUGGCCAGCUGUUCUCUUACGCCAUUCUGGGUUUCGCCUUCGUCGAGGCCAUUGGUCUCUUCGAUCUCAUGGUUGCCCUCAUGGCCAAGUUCACGUAAACAACUUUUCCAUUAUGUCCUUGACAAAUGGAACAGGCCUUGCCAGUAUCUUGAUGGGCCAUAUGCUGAGAGAUGAAUUGGUGCGGGAUAUACUCCUUGCCAGCCACUCGACGGCAUUCAUGACAAGUAGGGGAGGAGCAUUGGCGGCGUGUACUGCAUUGGAAGUGUGCGAACGACGGCGGCAAUCAUAGACCAUAGACGGCAAAACUUGGGCGGACACAAGUUUUCGGGAAACCUGUACAAUAGAAAAAUCCCAGCCCUCCCAGAUCCACUGGAUCGUAAACUCCAAGCGAUUUCCUCGUUUUCUGUC